AUGUUGUACACAUUACUGUCUUUAACAGUAUCCCAGUGUCCAGAACAGGAUUCUGAUGUUACCAUUAAUAAUGAUGAUGCUGAUUUUAGAGAUUGCCUAACCAUUCGUUCAGUCACUGUGUCAAAUUUAGUUACACGUAUUUCAGACAAUGCGUUUUCUAAGUCAAGUAUUACAAGCAUCACACUUUCUAAGACAGUCACCUCAAUUGGUGAUUUUGCAUUCUAUGAGUGUCGUAGUCUUAAGAAAGUUACAUUAGGCAGUUCAGUUAAAACCAUUGGAGGAUCCGCAUUUGCUUCUACCGCAUUAACAGAAGUUAUUAUUCCAGAUUCUGUUGAAACAAUUGGAGGAUCCGCAUUUGCUUCUACUGCAUUAACAGAAGUUAUUAUUCCAGAUUCUGUUGAAACAAUCGGUUGGAAAGCAUUCUAUGAAUGUGGUAGUCUUGAGAAAGUUACAUUAGGCAGCUCAGUUAAAACCAUUGCAGAUUAUGCAUUUGCUUCUACUGCAUUAACAGAAGUUACUAUUCCAAAAUCUGUUGAAACAAUCGAUUGGAAUGCAUUCUAUGAGUGUGGUAGUCUUAAGAAAGUUACAUUAGGCAGUUCAGUUAAAACCAUUGGAGGAUCCGCAUUUGCUUCUACUGCAUUAACAGAAGUUAUUAUUCCAGAUUCUGUUGAAACAAUUGGUUGGAAAGCAUUCUAUGAAUGUGGUAGUCUUGAGAAAGUUACAUUAGGUAGUUCAGUUAAAACCAUUGCAGAUUAUGCAUUUUAUAAUACUUCACUAAAAGAUGCUAUUAUUCCAAAAUCUGUUGAAUCUGUGGCUCUACAUUCCUUUUCUGCGAAAAAACUGAUUUUUCAAUCAUUGAUUGAAUUAUAUUUAGAAGAAACUGAAAUAAUAAUUUACAAUGUUCCAGAUGGUUCUAAAAGUAUGGAAUUACCGAAGGUUCAUUGUAAAAAUCUGAAAUUUAUUGAAAUCUUAAGCUUAGGUGGAGAUUGCACAAUUGGGAGUAAUUAUGUCUACGCAAGUCCCGAUGACGAUUUACAUAUUAAAAUAUAUAUUGAAAAAGAUGUUAAAUCUAUUGAUGAUGAGGCAUUUAGUGAUGUAAAUAUUGAUAUAUUUGCAUAUUUUGGAACAAACGAACUCGAAGGAAAUUUCCUUGCGAAUGCUAAAUCAAUUCGAGGUGUAAUUGCUUCAACAAAUUACCAAGGAGACAGUAUCGGUGGAGUUAAAAUAACCAAGAAAGUUCCUUCAUAUAAUAUUGAGGAAGACAAUACAAAUUAUGAAUUGGCCAAAUCUGCAGGAUUGAGUGGUGGUGCAAUUGCAGGUAUUGUUAUUGGUGUAAUUGUCGUAAUUGCAAUUAUCGCAGUUGUCUGUUUCUUCAUUAUUCGAUCUAAAAAGAAGAAAUCGGAAGAUACAGCAGGAAAUGAUGUCUAA